AUGACUGAGACCCAGAAAACUCUGCAUUUGCUUGAGGAAGCAGAGUAUGUGGUAAGGAGUCUUUUGGAAUUUGAGAAGGAUGACUUGGAGAAGGGGCUACAAGAUUACUUGGCGUUGAAAUCCAAAAUGGAGGUUUUGUUUUUAAAAACUAGUAAGUAUAAGAAGUUUCUAGCAAUAAAAGACCCUUCUGAACAGAUAUAUGGGCCUAAGAUGCUUGAGAAGAUGAAGAAUAUGUGUUUAAGGUUUGAAGAUUUAGAUGAAAUUUUCGAGGAGCAGUUGAACCCAAUUUAUGAGAGCAUUGAGGCAGAAUACAACAGGAGAAUGCUAGAGAUGGAUCAGGAGGAGAAGAAAAGAAAAGAAGAAGAGUUUCAGAAAAGAGUGCAGAAAGGUAUACAAGAGACUUAUCUUGAAGAAAAGAGACGAUUGGAAAAAUUAAAGGAAAAACAAGAGGAGGAGAAAAGAAGGAAAGAAGAGUUGGAUCGUUUAAAUCAAGAGGAGAAAGAUAAGUUGGAUAAGAUGAAUAGGAGAAUAGAAACUAUUAUUGAGUUUAUUAGAGGUUUAGAGACUAAAGAAGCUUUGAAUGAGUUUAUUGAUACUGAAAUAUAUUCAAAAUUAGAAAUUGAUGAAUUAAAGAUUGUAGGGAUUGGAAUAUUGUUGUUAUUAAGACAAGAAUUGGAGUUAAAAGAGUUUUAUACCUGUAUCCAGUUAAUUUCAGAUCUCCUUGUAUAUAUUUUAAGAGAUCCAUCAGAUAUUAAGUACCGUUUGGUGAGGCUGAAUAAUGAGAACUUUUUCAAAUCUUUUGGAGACAAAAAAGGAUCAUUUGCAAUAUUUUUUGGGGUUGGGUUCAGAAUUCUUCAGGCUGAAGAAAGAAAAGAGUACUACACGAUUUUGUCUUCUGAUAAGGAUUUUGCAUUAAAUGCAUGCCAUCUAAACUCGAAUGAUGAGUACUUAAUACUUAGAGAGCCUGAUCCGAUUGACAAAUUUGAGUUUUGGAUCACUUGGAUGGAAAAAAUAGGUUUAAUUAACGAUAUAUUAAAGGAGGUCUUGAACCUUAGAUAUGAUCGAGAUCUUAAAAAAGAAGGUAUAGAAAAACUAUUAAUAAAAAUUAUAUUAAGUUUAAGCCAGGAAAAGUCUCAAAGUAAAGUAUAA